ACCAUUUGAUCGAUAUCGUCUCUCAAAUGAACAUCGAACUGGUCGUGCAACAUCUAUUUCUUUUGAUUUUGGUAAAGAUCUUUCACAUGAUUUUCUUAUUCAUGCAUCAUCAAACAACAUAUCACUGGAACAUCUCACAUUUGCUAUUUAUUUCAUCUUUCUAUUUAAAUUAACUAAUGGACAAACAGAUUUAUGUCUGACUAUGAACAUCAAUAAUAAUCGAUAUAGAGAUGAACUCAAAUCAAUCAUCGGAUUGUUUGAGAAUGUCAUUCCAUUACGAUGUCAACUAGAUCCUCACUGGUCUUUUCAUCAAUUACUCAAACAUGUUCGAGAGAUAAUAACAAAGAGUAUAAAAUAUUCAUAUUUUCCACUUCAACGUAUUCUCAAUCAACAUCCACAUAUUUCAAAACAUGCAUUUCAGGAUACAUCUUUGGAAUUUAUAUCAUGUAUUAAGAACAAUGAAAUUAUGAUUGAUGAUUCUCAACUUGUUCCAGGAUCUUUCUCAUUCAAUAUUAGUGAGGAUGAGAUACUAAGUGUAUCUGAUUUCUCCCUUUCAUUUCAUCAUGAUAUGAACAUCAAUCAACUAUCAUGCACAAUUAAUGCAUCACUUGACUUAUUUAAUAGAGACACAGUGGAGAAGAUUUCACAACGAUUUCAUUCUAUUUUACACCAAUUAUCAGCAUCUAUUAUCGACAGUCAAAUAAACAAACCAAUCUAUGAAGUAUCAUUAACAUUAUCAAAUGAACAAUAUCUGAUACAAUCAUUGAAUAAUACACAAGUAUCAUUUUCAUCUCCUCUCACUUGUAUACAUCAUGAGUUUGUAUAUCAAGUCAUACAACAUUCACAAAAACUAGCUGUUGAACUAGAUGAACAAUCAUUGACAUAUUGUGAAUUGUUACAUUAUGUUCAAGUACUAUCUUUAACUCUUCUUAAUGAAUAUCAUGUGUUUCCAGGUGAGAUCGUGUGUCAAUGUGUUGAGCGAAGUUUGUCAAUGGUGAUUGGUAUUAUGGGAAUUGAAAUGGCAGGUGGUGUUUAUUGUCCAUUGUCGCCUCGAGAUCCACAACAUCGUUUGCAUGCACUUACACAACAAACACAAAGUCGUUUUGUUCUUGUUCAUUAUGCAACUAUAACCAAACUCGACGAUGACAUUGUUUCACUUGAUAUUGAUUCGAUAUUAAAUGGCAAUGAUAUAGAUAAGAAAGGUCUUUCGAAUGUGAUCCUGAAAGGGGAAGAUAUAGCUUACGUUAUUUUCACUAGUGGUUCAACUGGAAUACCCAAAGCGGUUCAAGUUCGACAUAAGAAUUUUAUUGAUUGUAUCAAUUCUUUGACUUAUAUCAACUCAUUUAAUAAAGAUGAUAUAGUUGUACAAAUGACAAGAUGUUCAUUUGACAUUCAUGUUCAAGAGAUACUUGGUACAUUGUUGGUUGGAGGCACAUUAGUUGUGCUUCAUCCAGGUGGAACUAUCGAUUU